AGUUGUAAGAAUAUCGCUCACACUGUCGUAUGGAGCUACUGUAGUUCCCGGUUCCGUGUUUCUCCAACUUUCUCCCUCUCUCCCUUUCUUUCCCUAUCUCUGUCUACUCUUUUCUCUAUUCUAUCGGUACUGCUUGCGUACGCGCACGUGUGUUUAAUGUAAGUGUAUGGGUAUUUUUUGGUUUUUAAAUAAAACAAGAUGCUGAUCUCGCAGGAGGUGAUCUCAAAAGCAGAAGAAAUUGCUGAUCAGGUAAUCCGUAAUGGAAAACACAUAUUGCCAACACUUGCAAGACUUUGCCUUAUAGCCACAUUUCUAGAAGAUGGGUUGAGAAUGUGGUUUCAAUGGUCAGAACAAAAAGAAUUUAUGAACAAUACCUGGAAUUGUGGUACUUUCUUAGCUACAAUGUUUGUCUUGAUUAAUUUAAUUGGACAACUCGGUGGUUGUGUAAUGGUUAUCGGAAGAUGGAAAGUCAGCAUUGCUUGUGGAAUCUUAUUCUUCAUAGUGGUCUUGCAGACAUUAGCUUACAACAUUUUGUGGGAUGUAACAUUCCUAUUUAGAAACUUAGCAUUAAUAGGAGCACUUCUUCUGGUUUUGGCCGAAUCAAGAGUAGAAGGGAGAUCAUUAUUUGCUGGUGUACCAAGUCUUGGGGAUAACAAACCUAAAAAUCUGUUGCAACUAGCUGGAAGAAUUUUAUUGGCAUUUAUGUUUACCACAUUAAUUCGUUUUGAAAUAUCUUUCCUACAAAUCAUGCAAGAUAUUCUUGGAAGUAUUUUAAUGGUAUUAGUAACUAUUGGAUAUAAGACUAAACUCAGUGCAUUGUUACUUGUCUUACUGUUAUCUGCCCUUAAUCUUUAUCACAAUGCGUGGUGGAGCAUUCCAGAAUAUAAAGCACUUCGGGAUUUCCUUAAAUAUGAUUUCUUUCAGACAUUGUCAGUGAUUGGUGGCCUUCUAAUGAUAGUCUCUUUAGGUCCUGGAGGUGUUUCCAUGGAUGAACAUAAAAAAGAAUGGUAGAUGUCAUGUUAUCACCUAAAUGUUCAUCAUUACAUUAUCAUGAUCAUUAAGUAAAAACAGUCUCCCAUUCCUGUUCCCCUGUAUGCUCAAUCAAGUUUACAAUAAGUUUAUUAUUUGUUGGAUAAAAACUGUAACAUGCAUUCAUUUUGAAUUAUUCAAUUUGGAUAAAGGAAUUGUUGAAGUAGAACCUAAAGUGUAUAUUUUAAGAUGUCAGAAAUUAAAAUACAUGGGAUUAAAAAUGCAACUCCAGAAUAAUGACAUUAUGACAUGAACAAAAAGAAGACAGCACCAAAACUAAUUUAUAUCGCUUAUAGUGGCAUUGUACAUAAGACACUGGGUCAAGAAAAACAAAAUAUAUUUUUUCUGUGUGUUUUUAA